AUGGAUAAAUGCGUAUAUGAAAGAAGAGCAGAGAGGGCGUUGAACUCUAUAAACAAGACUUUGGGGAGCCAAAGGGAGGCGAUGAGCCAUUUGGUCGACCAAUACAGCAAGUCGGGUUAUUCACAGAUUAACUUAUUGAAUUCGUUGGAAAUACUUUUUCAGAGUAUAUUAAGGGGAGGAAAAGUAGUGGUUUCGGGGAUCGGUAAGAGUUUCAAGAUAUCCAGCAAAUUAGUAGCAACUUUAAACUCGUUAUCUAUUCAAUCUGCGGCACUCCACGCAUCUGAAGGAUUACAUGGUGAUCUUGGAAUAAUACGGGAGAACGAUGCAUUGAUAUUUGUAACUGCAAGUGGAAACACACCUGAACUCUUGCAAUUAUUACCGCAUAUUCCGAAGUCGAUUCCUAUAAUUCUUUUGACGUGCAGUAGGAAUUCGAAGUUGUCCAACCACCCUCAGGUUAACUCUAUGUUAUAUGCUGAUUUGCCUUCAAACUUGAAUGAGGAAUCAAUUCAUGGAAUACCAGCCCCAACAGUGUCAGCUACGCUAUCCAUGGUCUUAGCAGAUGCUACAAUAUUGGCUUUAUCAGAGAUGAUUGAAGAGGAUGCUUUGAAAAGAAAGAAACUUUUUUCUAUGAAGCAUCCAGGUGGAUCCAUUGGUGCUGAUUUAAGCCAUUUGAAUGAAAACUUGGUUAAAUUGACCACGUCAGAUAUAAAGAGUACCGCAAGAACAUUUUCGUUGAACACAAACUCCUCUUCUUUACUUAGUUUAAAUCAGUUGAGGAAGAGUUUCGAUAACAUCAACGGUGAUUCAUCAAAUUUUAGUUCUUUGGCUGUAUCGGAUGACGAAGAUGUAUUAGACUCAAAGUUUCUGAAGGAAAAUUCAAUACUUCAAAAUUCUUUAUUAUCUUCAGACCCUUCCCAAAGGGUGUUGAUAACGGAAGAUGAAUUGAAUUCUACUAGUUGUGUUACAGAGCCCAAGGUUUUGAAAUGGAUUACGUUAUAUGAUUUUGUUGUGUGUAUAAAGGCUGACGACACCAAUAGGGCAAGAGCAAUACUGUGUGACCAGAUUAGGGAAUUGUAUAGAAGUGAAAUCGGUGAUCAUGAAUGCAAUGGUGAAAUAUGGGAACUGUUUCAUUUGAAAUUGGUAACUAGAUUUAAAGAAGUUCAACUUUAA